UUCUUAUAAAUAGAACAUAGCUUCAUUGUUUCUUUGCAACUGACCUCAAAGCGUCCAAGUCCUAGCUAGAAAGACAAUUAAUAGGUUUUUCUCUGAAAAUCACCUUCCAAGUUUUUGUACACUCUCCUGUCUCCACCAUGAAGCAAAAGAUUGUGAUGAAGGUGCAAUUUAGCUCUGAGAAACGCAGAACCGAUGCCUUCAAGAUUGCUGCCGGCACUAAAGGUGUGAGCGAUGUGUCUAUAGAAGCAGGUAAAGACCAAGUUGUGGUGAUCGGAGAUGGGGUUGACUCGGUUUGCUUGACCCAGUCAUUAAGGAAGAAGCUCCGAUACGUCGAAAUAGUAAGUGUUGAAGAGGUGAAAAAGCCCGAUGAAAAAAAGAAGCCAGAAGUUGAGAGUAUUCCAAUUCAAUGGACAUCUAGCUAUGUCCACUAUCCCAUGCACUAUGAUGUUGUGUACCGUUGGUGAUCAAAUUUAUGCACUUCUAGCAACGUUCAAUUUUUCUCCGCUGUCAAAAUACAAUUUUUUUUCCAUGAACUCCUGGUAUAUGCAUGUUUGAUAUUACCCUACUUUUCUCGUUGGCCCAUCAUAUACGAUGCCAGUAGAAAGUGAUGAAUAACCGAUCUUUGUACAUC